AUGCCCUGUUGCGGAGACCGUGAGAAGGGAGCAACGGUCUCUCUCGAGGAGAAAUGGGACUAUGUGAAUCUGUCCGAUUUCAAGUCUGAGUCCUGUCUCUCUCCCUUCUCCUACUUCUUUCUUUGGGUAUUCUUGGUGGUAUCUUUGGCUGUCUACGGUGUCGACACCUUUACCGCGGUCAACCUGCUGGCCUUCUCUCGUUGGGCAGGGCAGAUUGAACCCGCCAUUCCGUUUACGGUUUCCCGUUGGGUCUUCGCCGUCUGUAUCAUCAUCUCUUUUGCUCUGUUGGUUUUGCGAUGGCUGAAGGCGAUCCGAGCUAUCCGAUCCGGUAGCAUUGCGCAAAGCUACCUCGAUUCGCUUGCCGUGCGAAUCCAGAGUAUUCGCAUGGGCAAAGAGGGUCGCGGAUGGAAGCGAUUUCUUGUGUUUGCCGAAUUGACAAAGAGUAAGAAGGGCGCCGAGUACGUAGCCCUGUUCGCGUAUUUUUCCUUUGAGACCUGGAUGAAUACCAUCUUUGCCGACGGUCCGCGUCAAGUCGUCAAUGCCAUCACACUGUACUCGGUUAUGAAAAUGGAUCUUCUGCCGGGAGGAGAGAACGCCAGCAGUGACAGUGACUCGCCCGCCUUCUUUCAGUUCUUCGACAAUGUUAAGAUUCUGGCCGAACAUAACAAUUUGCGUGCUGUCGUUCUCUUCGGCAUGCUGUUCACCCUGAUCAUCUGGGUUCUAUCAAUUCUGAAAUUAGCUCUGGCGAUCAUUCUCUACCUCAUCUUCCUUUUCCACCACAUUCCCUCGGAGGAUGGCUCGCUGAAAGCAUAUUGCCGACGCAAAAUCAAUAGUCGGCUUACGCGUAUCGUGCGACAGAAGGUUGACAAGGCCCUAUCAAAGGGGAUCGUGUUGCAAAAUCGGGCACCCACUCGACCUAAUCUGACCCUGGACACAAAGCCUACCUUGCCAGCCGUCGGAGCCGGCGACGAUGACAAGGGUCCAAUUGUCACGACCAUCUCGCGUUCCACAACUCAGACGACCCUCCCGCCAUAUUCGUCACGCCCUGGGACUGCUGCCCCCGACCGAAACCCCACGCUUCCGGACGUGGCUGCGUUCGACGAAAAGCCACCGCUGAGUCGGACUAUGACGCAGUCAAGUGCAUACUCCGACGCCGCCUCGAUGUCAGGAAGCACCGCAGUGUCGGGAUACAGCCCACUUGAUCGUCAAACAACGCCAGCACCGCCCGUGCCGCCUCUCCCCAGCGAGAUCCCAAUGCCCAUUCAACGUAGCCAGACUCCGAUGUCGCGACCGACCUACACACCGGCCCCGCCGCCCUCAGUCCGUGGUCCGAGCCGCAUGACUCCUGCUAGUGGAUACCGGGAUCCAGGCGAUGACGGAUCCUUUCCACCUUAUGAUCAAACAUCUGCACCGUAUCACUCGUUCAGUCCGGUCGAUGAUCCCUAUGCGCGCUCAUUUACACCUGGUGCGACCUUUUCGCCGAAUAACCACGGCCCUACCCGACCAUAUCCUCCUCCCAGCGUCGGUGCAACUCCUCGUCCACAUCCGCAGACUGGGUACCCUCCGCGAUCAUUCACACCCGCAAGUUACACUGCGAAUCGACCACCGCAAAGUUUCACCCCUGUAGAGGAUCUACCGAUGAGGCCCUUCCCUCCUACUGGCCCUUCUGGACCAAGUAGGUCGAUGCAAUCUCAGGGAGCGGAUGGAUAUGUUCCCUUCAACCCACCGGCCAGAAACUCCCCGGCGUCUGCUACCGGUACACCAGCACCAAGCGCUCCCGUCUACCCCCCUCAUGCGCCUUCAAGGACAUUUUCGCCAUCCAGUGACUACAGCGGUGGGUCAGCGCCUACCGUAAGAGCUUAUACCCCUCACGACACGUACGGUCCACACUCGCAGCAGCCUCAUCACCAAGACUUCUUCUAA